UGGACGCAGCUAUAAAUGCUUGUGUAGCACAAAGUUACCAGAUAAGGUAGACUUGUUGAGCCACAGUUAUGUUCUUGCUUGUUAGUUGUUUUGCCCUGGUGGCUUCCACACUGGGGUGUGGAGUGCCUACUAUUAAGCCCAAGGUGAGUGGAUACAACAAGAUUAUUAAUGGCGAGAAUGCAGUGUCCGGUUCCUGGCCCUGGCAAGUUUCUCUUCAGGACAAAAGCGGGUUUCACUUCUGUGGGGGAUCACUGAUCAACAAGGACUGGGUUGUCACAGCUGCUCAUUGCCAAGUGUGGCCGUCAGACCACCGUGUGAUCCUGGGUGAGCACGAUAGGCUGUCCAACAGCGAGCCCAUUCAGAUCAGGACCAUUUCUAAGGUCAUCACCCACCCUUCCUUCAGCUCAAAAACCAUUAACUUUGACAUCCAACUUCUGAAGCUCUCCUCCCCAGCAGAGUUCGACUCCCGCGUGUCUCCAGUGUGCUUGGUCUCCUCCAGGAGCAGAAUCCCCUCUGGAACCAAAUGUGUCACCACUGGAUGGGGCAUGACAGCAACAUCCUUCUUUGGUCGUUUCCUGCAGCAGACCGCUCUGCCUGUGCUCAGCACUGCUCAGUGCAGAAUGUUCUGGGGUGACAGUACGAUCACUGAUGCCAUGUUCUGUGCUGGUGGUUCUAAAUUGACUUCCUGCAUGGGUGACUCUGGUGGCCCACUGGUGUGUGAAAGCAAAGGUGUGUGGUCUCUUGUGGGUACUGUGUCUUGGGGCUCCUUCGACUGCAAUGUGUACAGCCCAGUAGUGUAUGUCAACAUGGCCUACCUGCGCAGCUGGAUCGACCAGACCCUUGCUAAAAACUAAUCAGAAAAGCACUAAUGGAAACAUGUGUUUUCUCAAGAAAUAAGCAAUAAAAUCUUGAAGACUUUGAA